AUGGCAAAGUCUGCAAUCAUCAUCCUUGCCUCCGCCCUUUGCUUCUUAUCCUUUCUUGGCUCAGCUUGUGCCAAAGAACGCUACUUUGUAGAGGGCACCGUUUACUGUGACACAUGCCGCAUCCAGUUCCUCACCAAGUUGUCUGAAACCCUAGAAGGUGCAACGGUGCGCGUGCAGUGCUCACAAGUUGAUAACGUGAAGAAUGUGACAUUCCACAAAGAAACAACCACAGAUAAAACUGGGUCUUACAGGGUGGAGGUUGACGGAGACCACGAGGAAGACACAUGCGAGGUGAUCCUUGUGAAGAGCCCGAGACCAGAUUGCUCUGAGAUUGACCAUGAAUCUCACCUGCUCCAGGCUGCCACAAUCAGCAUCACCAAGAACAACGGAAUCGUCUCCCCUAUUCGCCAGGCCAACCCUCUCGGAUUCCUCAUCAAGGAACGUCUCCCUGGCUGUGCUGAACUCUUCAAGGAGCUUGGAAUCAAUGAAGAUGGAACCGUCAUCUCUUAA